AUGGCGCAUCCUGCCAAAUCGUCUCUCCUGAACCGUCUCUUCCCCCAAGAGGAACAUUUAACCAACCAAUUUUUCUCCGGCGAAGAUCUCUCGUCGUCUACACUCUUCACCCACAUAAGCAGUCCCGGGCUUUUUUCUGCAUCCAAAGCUCCAUUCUCCUCCUCAUCGUUUCGGGAAGAGCAGCUUCGUCCGAACGACUUGUUUCGUGCAUGCUUUGCCAACUUCAGUAACGAUACGGCAAAAAGCAAGCCGCAUGAGGAGAAGCCUGCCAGGAGAGAUGCAUUGGAGCAGUUGAGAGAGGCUUUUGCCCAAGAGGGCGUCGAACUGUACACAUCUGUCGCCAGCAAACUAGCUGAAGCUCAACAGGAGAUUACCUCACAAAUAUCCGACUUUGCCACCAUGUCAUCCUCCAUGGCAGCGGACAUGGACGAGUUGUACGCAAACUUGUCUUAUCCACUUUCGACAACCCUCUGCCACUCAAAGAAUUUCCCUCGAGCCACCAUCGAGGUCCAUCUGGCAAACGUCAAAGAGGAUCUCAGAAAGGCCGAAAGUGAGUUGCAAGGAUUAGAGCGCGAAUGGCAAGACAACGUUCAAUUGGAACAGAAGCUACGCCAGGAACUGCUCGACAUGGAAGGGAAUCCAGCACAGAUCAGAGAACAUGGUCACCAUAGCGAGGAUGAUCUCAAGAAAACUGGGUUCAGGCAAGAGAUUGAACAAAUCGUUGCGGAGGCUGCUCAAGCCCUGGACGAAAUAGAUGAGGGGUACAGGGAGGGGAUCCAAGCUCUAACAAUGAAGAUGAUGCAAGCCAUGCGGGCAGAUUGA